GGUCGCGUGACGUUGAUGAGGUAAUAACAAAAAUGGCGGCGCUCGGUACAGCACGGUGCGUGUUUCGGAGCUACUCUCGGGUGAAAGAUGUGCAAAGGAGCAAACAAAUAUUGACGAGGUGUUGUGCAAGGACGUUUUGCAGUGAGACACAACAUAAUGAAAACGCAGAGCUCCAGGUCACAGAUCCAACUGUGCAGGACAUCCUCACCAGGAUAACAGGCCUGGACCUGCAGAAAGUGUUCCGACCCCUCAAGCAGGAGCUGAAGCCGCCCACAUAUAAACUCAUGACCGAUGAACAACUGGAGCAGGCUAUCAAGCACGCCAAAGAGCAAGCUAAGAAGCUGCUGGAGAUGCCCCCCGUCCUACCGGAGAGGAAGCCCAUUAACGAAGUGCUGUCUGAGGAUAAGAUCCUGGACGGCAUGGACACAGCCAAGCUCGUCUUUACAGACAUCACCUACAACAUCCCACACAGGGAGAGGUUCAUAGUUGUACGGGAGCCUAAUGGGACUCUUCGGAAGGCCACAUGGGAGGAGAGAGACCGUCUUAUUCAGGUCUACUUCCCCAGGGAGGGACGCAAGCUCAUAGCACCUCUCAUGUUCAAAGAGGAGAACCUAAAGAUGGUGUUUUCUGAAGACCGUCAUGAGGAUGUAUUGAACUUCUGCCUGGUCCAGUUUGAACCCGACUCUUCAGAUUACAUCAGGGUACAUAAAGCGACAUAUGAGGACUUGGACAAGCAUGGCAAGUAUGAUCUGCUGCGCUCCACCAGGCACUUUGGAGGCAUGACCUGGUACCUUGUCAAAGCUCGGAGGGUGGACGGGCUCAUAGUGGACAUGCUGAAGAAAGAGCUGUUUCAAGAUGCCGUAAGUCUAGUGUCUCUGUUCCACAUGGUCCACCCAAACAGUGAGUCAGCCCAGGAAGCUGCCAGUCAACAGGCCACUGGCAUUGACCUGCUGAAGAUCUAUGCCCAGAAGGAGUCCCAGAGGUCAGGCUACAUCGAGCUGGCUUUGCAGGCGUAUGAACAGAUGUCUGCUGAGGGCCCUGCUGCCUGAUUUGCCCACAUCUAGACCGAUAUAUAAAAAUUCAUCCGCAAUGAGGAACGGUUCCCAGAUACAGAGGUACAGACUGGAAGUUGCCUCCCAUAUGUAAAACGUGACGGUGUCUGUUUUUCUUCUGUGUGGAUCCAGCAGAAAAAUAGACUUGUCGACCGAAAGGGCAGCUGCACCUCGCAACCAUCAGUCUGAAGAUUUAAAGAGAGAAUGUGUCUGUAUGUGCAGUUUCACUUGAGUCAAACGCGUGUCGCAUGUUAUGAACACAUAUGAUGUACAUAACAAAAUAAAAAUAUUUCUACUUAAAUGCCA